AUGGAAUCAUUUACGGCGUCUUCUAGGUUCCAAUUCCGUGACCACCAGCAACCGGAGGAUGCAACAGAUUCCGAUGCCAGUUCCGACAUCUCCUCCUUGUCUAGCGACAGAGAUGAGGAGUCCGAGCUCGAAUCCAUGACCGGAAAGGGGAUAAGGCGUCUUUGUACGGAGCUACUGGAAAUAAAGGCGACAUCGGAUGAGGAUUUUCAUAGAAAUAUUUUCGCUAAUUAUUCUACCUUUGUUGGAGUAUAUGAGGAAGUAAAAGAAAUGGAAAAGGAAUUGAUGCAGCUGCGAACCCAUGUUUCAAUGCAAAAGAGGCUUGUAAAAUAUCUAACUGAUAGUGUAUACCUAAGGGUUUUAUCAGAGGAAACCGUGGAAUCAAUCACUGAGGAGCUGAAAUGUGAUGAAUAUGCUCCCUUAAAUCAGUUGGAGGCUCACAUCAGUAAUAUUUCAGAAACCCUGGACAUGCUUCUAUCAGAAAAUCGAGCUGAUGAUGCUAUUGCAAUUUUAGAAAUGGAGGAAGAAAACCUACAAGAGGUGCAGCUUGAAGAUGAUAUACCAUCAGAUGUCUUAAUGUUAUAUAACUCUGCAAUUUCUGAGAGGAAGGCCAUGCUUACAUUGCAAUUAACUCUGGUCGCUGAAAAUUCAAGAAUUACUGCUGCAGAACUCCAGAAGGCACUAGUUGGAAUUUGCAGGCUGGGCGAGGGUCAUCUAUCAACUCAGUUAUUGCUCAAAUAUUAUCAUUCACGUCUUGCAACUGGAAUAAAUAAUUUACAGAGUUCAAAAUCAUUUUUACAAGGGUUGUAUAUCAAAGAACUUUCAAAAUUUGUAUUUUCUAUGAUUUCUCAAGCAGCAAGGAGCUUUGUAAUGCUUUAUGGAGAAACUUCUCCUUAUGCUUUAGAACUAAUUCUAUGGGCUGAAAGAGAAAUUGAAGUAUUUGUUGUUUCUUUUGCUAAACAUCUUAAAUCUACCUCAGAAAUAAGCAGUGGACUGUCUGCAGCGGUAGAAGCUGUGCAGUUUGCAAUCUCAUAUUGCUCUUUAUUAGAAGCUCAAAGAUUGGUAUUGCAGCCAUGCUUGGUUAAGCACCUUCGCACUUGUAUGGAAGAUGUUUUAGAGACACAUAUAGACCAUUUUAAGAAAGUCAUCAGCAUCUUUACGGCUACUGAUGCUUGGGUUUUGGGCAGAUAUCUCGUAUCUGGAAUCUUGAAUGAAGACUGCUCUUAUAUGGUUGUUGGGCAGCAACCAGAAUACUGUAUGCUCACUAACAGUGGCCGGAAGUUUGUAACUCUGUUGCAGGCUAUCAUCAAGGAUGUUACCCCUUUAGCUGCCCUUCAAAUGGAAAGUUCUAUCCUUUCUGGACUCAGUAACCUCUUCAUAGAGUAUAUUGCCAUCCUUGAAAAAGCUAUCAGCUCCAAAAUAAAUGUGCCAGAAAAAGGAGGUUCAAGAAUAAUUUUGGCAGAGUCAGUGCCACAACAAGUUUCAAUUCUAUCAAAUCUGUCAACGCUUGAACGUUUCUUUUCUAGCACUCUCACAAGCAUUUUCAGCGGCAUCAACUGUAGUGAUUCUGAGCUAACAAAAAAUGGUUCUCAGCAGCAGGAACUUGAUAGUUGUUUGAUGGUCAUUCAACAAGCUUCUGCUCAGCUUAGAGCUCAGUUCUUCCAGCAAUUUAUAUACAGAGUAGUGUCUCUUGAGGUCUGCAAAUGGACCCCAGAAAUAUGUGUUGAUAGUGAGACUUGUUCCAGCCUGGGUAAUGGUCCGAUGGCGAUGCCCUCUGCUGUCUUUCAGGUGUUGUUUCUGGAACUGAGGAAAUUAGAUAAACUUACUGAAUUCAACGUUUUUGAAGUGGAUUGGUUGAUGGAGCUUUUAAGAGAAUUGAUUGAAUCCAUAUUUGUCUGGAUUUCAAACAACAAAGAUAUUUGGAAAACUAAUGAAGAAAAUCAGUUUGUUCUAGACAUGCAUUUUCUAGUGGAAAUCACAAGGUAUGGAGAAUACUUCUCCAAGAACCCCGUGGUUCCUGCAAAUCUCAUGAAAUCAUCCUUCAUUUCAGCUGGAUUGGAUCCUAUAAGAGAUGAUGAUGAUGAGUGGGCUACAAAAGCUGCAGCUGAAGCAAUUCAAAGGCUGCUGGAAAUAGAGGAAGUCAAAUCACAUUCAAAUGGUGAGAUAGGUAGUGAUCUUGUUGUUCCACCAGAAAAUCAUUCUGAUCAUGCAAGUGAAACUCUCCAGGAUGAUGCUAGAAGUUCAUUAGAGGUUUUUUCAUUGUCAGAAGAGGAUCUAGUGGCCACAGAGGAAUCAGAAGUUGCUGUCAACAAUAGAAAAGUGACAUUGAAUACAGAGUUGAAUGGUCCUGAUUUUUUAUCCGAUGCUAUGAAAGAUGAGUUUUAUUCUGUUGAUAAGAGCACAACACAUCCGCCAGACAUUUCCGGAGACUUGGACAAUAUUGAACCUGAAAAUGCAGCAUAUGAUAGAUUUCAUUUUGCACAAGAAACCAGUUUACCGAACCUGCUGUUAUCCGUGGGUAUUGGUAAAGCUUCUGAAAAAAGUUUCCCCACUGACAGGAUUGCAAGCCCCAGAAGUUCCAGCUAGCCUGCAAAGCAAGGAUAAAUAAACAGCCUGGAAAUGGCUGCCUCUUUUCUUAUUAAAGAUUGCGAAAAGAUUCAACUAGCAGCUCUAAGCAAGAGAGACCAUUGAUGAUAAAGAAUUGGAAAGGUAUGAAAGGCAUCAUUCUUAUUUAAAGAGGAGAAAACGAAUAGCAUAUGAAGAACAAUGACAGCAAAAUGGUAAUGCCUAGCAACAGCCGUUUAGUGUGAUGCUUUAUAAAUUCAGAAUUAAUAUAGAUGAAGUAAAGUCCUGGAUUUUUAUUUUAUUAUUAUUAUUAUUAUUAUUAUUUUAGUUGAAAGUGGAAUCAGCAAGGUUGUCACUUCUGUUUUUCUUUGCUAAAAAGGAGGGAACAAAAAAGUUUGUUGGCUAAUUUCUGGCAAGACAAGGUUAGUAAUGCACAAGAACCAUUGCUUUGUAUGA